AGUGUUAGAAUGGGACACCGCUUUGUUCAACAGUAGGGAGGGCAGACCAGCACAGUGGCUUUGCCUGCUAGAAUCGCUACAGACAAUCUGCUGGGGCGCAAUAUCCCGUCUUAUCUGUGUCCAGCUGUGUUGUAACGUACCUUUCCAAAUAUCUGUCUUUCCUGGACUCUUAAGGAUUUACGUCGAGGGAUGUCAAAGCGAGUACGAAGCAGAGAGGUCUGCGCUGAUUGCAGUGCCCCGGAGCCACGUUGGGCCUCUGUUAACAGGGGUGUGUUGAUCUGCGAUGAGUGCUGCAGCAUCCAUCGAGGUCUGGGGCGACACAGCUCUCAAGUCCGACAUCUGACUCAUUCUCCGUGGCCAUCCUCCCAGUUACAGAUGGUCCAGACGCUGUAUGGCAAUGGAGCUAAUUCCAUAUGGGAGCAUAGUCUUCUGGACCCUUCCUCUUCAGUGAGUGGGAAGCGCAAAGCCAACCCCCAGGACAGAGUUCAUCCCAACAAGACAGAGUUCAUCAAGGCCAAAUAUCAGAUGUUGGCGUAUGUCCAUCGGAUGCCUUGUCGGGAGGAUGACAGUGUAACCGCAAAAGACCUCAGCAAGCAACUCCACUCCAGUGUUCGGACUGGAAACCUGGAGACCUGCCUAAGACUCUUAUCUUUGGGAGCACAGGCCAACUUCUUCCAUCCAGAGAAAGGAAAUACCCCACUACACAUAGCUGCAAAAGCAGGACAAAUGUUACAAGCAGAACUGUUGGCAGUUUAUGGAGCUGAUCCCGGGGCUCUGGACUCCAGUGGAAAGACCCCCAUUGAUUAUGCAAGACAAGCUGGGCACCAGGAGCUGGCAGAGAGGCUAGUGGAGAUACAGUAUGAACUCACUGACCGGUUAACAUUUUACCUUUGUGGUAGACGACCGGAUCACAGAAACGGACAACACUUCAUCAUCCCACAAAUGGCAGACAGCAGCCUAGAUUUGUCAGAAUUUGCUAAAGCAGCAAAGAAGAAGCUCCAGUCGCUAAGUAACCAUCAGUUUGAAGAACUGGCGAUGGAUGUUUAUGAUGAAGUUGACCGAAGAGAAACAGAUGCAGUGUGGUUGGCCACUCAGAACCACAGCACACUUGUAACCGACACCACAGUUGUGCCUUUUCUGCCUGUCAAUCCAGAGUACUCAUCUACCAGAAACCAGGGUCGUCAAAAAUUGGCACGGUUUAGUGCUCACGAGUUUGCCACCCUGGUCAUUGAUAUUUUAACUGAUGCUAAACGACGGCAGUGGGGUAAUUCCUGCGAAAGUCCCAAAGAGAAUGUGGAGCUGAUCCUUCAGGGAAUAGACAGUCGCCAUAACAGUGAGAGCCAGGACAAUGACCAGCCAGAUUACGACAGUGUGGCAUCAGAUGAAGAUCCAGUGCAAGAGGCCACCUGUGGAGACAGCUGCAAUGAUAGAAGGACCAAGAGCUCAGAGUCAUCCGACCUUUCCGAUGGACCAAUCACAGUGCAGGAAUUUAUGGAGGUGAAGAGCGCGCUCACUGCAUCAGAAGCCAAAAUACAACAGCUCCUUAAAGUCAACUGUCACCUUAGUGAAGAGCUGCGGUCGAUGCAGAGCAAGCUGAACUCCCUGCAGACCGAAAACACAACACUGCGAUGGCAGACCCCCAGCGGACAACAACACCUCCAGGCCCCCUUCGGUCGACACCCACCCCGCGGAGGUCGAGCCCUGUCCAUGUAUGAGACGGGCUCUAGUCCGAGGCAGUACCCCCACCGAGCCGAAACAGCCCGGCACGAGGAUGGAGUCAUUUUACAACCCUUUCCAACCAACAUUGGGAGGGGUCCUUUGGGGACGGCUGCUUCCUCCCUUCCUACCUUCCCCUCUUCCCUGUCCUGGUCGUGGGAUGAGAGAUCUCGAAGGGGAUGUAGUCUGGAAGGACAGAGUAUCAUGCUGGAGAAUGAUUACGACACAACGCCUAACCACUCUGAACUGGAGGAGACUGGCAGCCCCCCUCCAGCUUCUGAUGCAGUAGAGCCGGGGGAAGAGGGGGAGGAAGAUGCCACCCUGCCAUGCACAGAGGACGUCAUCUGUAAGACCGAGCAGAUCACUAAGAACAUACAGGAGCUUCUGAGAGCUGCCCAGGAGACCAAACAUGAAAGCUUCCUGCCCUGUUCAGAAAAGAUCUGCGUGGCUGUGAAAGAGAUGGCCGCCCUUUUUCCCAAGAGGCAUUCGCCUCGGAGACCUGUGCGAGGGUCUCUGUGUCUGCUCACUUCGAGUGCAGCCGGCUCCAAUGGAGAGUGCCAGAAGCGCCGCAGAGUCAUCCAGUGCGCCUAUGACAUUGCCAAAGCUGCCAAGCAACUUGUCACUGUGACAACCAAAGAAAACAACAACUAACCGAAACCCAAAGACAUUCCUGAUUCACCCAAAAUACAGUUUAUCAACAAUGUUGCUAAUUUAAAUUUAAUCAGUGUUAAAACCAUUUUUUGUUUUGUUUUCCUACAUUAAUCAGAGUAAGCGUUCACAUACAUUCCUCGAGGUGGGAAAAUCUUUAUAAGAAAAAAAAAAGAAGACGCACUGUGCAAAAUUAUUGAUCAAUCAAAACAUUUAUUUAUUUAGUAGUUUUUGUACCGUGGUAAUAAGUAAACAAACAUCUUUAAAGAUGUAGAACAGAAUCUGUUACUAUUCUUUACCUCACAAAGAGAGAACAGUUUAUUCCAACACAAUUUCCAAAAAAGUGCAAUGUUGUGUGUAUAUAUAUAAAACAAUUAAAACAACAAGCAGUUGAGCCUUCUACAUUGCACUUUUCUCCAUAGAGGUCAUCAGUUGUGGUCCUUGAUGUCGAGCGUCAGGCUUGGCUGAGCUGCCAGAGACACCUCGCAUCAAGGAUCAGAAUAGAUAAACCUUAAUCUACACCAGUGACAUCAGUUUUU